AUGACGACGGUAGUAGAGUUGGAAGUGCCCAUGGACUGUCCUGGUUGCGAGAACAAAGUUAGGAAAGCUCUUAAAAAGAUGAAAGGAGUCGACGAUGUUCAGAUAGACAUGAAGCAGCAGAAAGUAACGGUAACGGGUUGGGCGGAGCAGAAGAAGGUUCUGAAAGUUGUAAGGAGUGUUACAGGAGGGAGAGAGGUAGGUCUAUGGUCGUUCCCUUACAACCCCCAAUCUAAUGGAUUCAACGACAGAUACUUCAAGAAGAAGUUUCACAAAAGAAUCAGYCUGUCCAAGAAUGGUGAGAAAGUGAGUUAUUACAACUACUACAAGCAUGGAAGCCACGGACACGAGAAUGGUUACCGUCAAGAAAAGCCUUAUUCGGGUCUUAUCAAUGAUAACACUGGUUCUAUGUUCAAUGAUGAAAACCCUCAUUUCUGCACAAUCAUGUGA